CGAGUGUCGACUCAAGGUGUCCUUACCCAGUGAUCUUGGGGCAGCUUUGACUGACGGGGUCGUGUUGUGCCAUCUGGCCAACCACGUACGUCCCCGAUCCAUACCGAGCAUCCAUGUACCCUCACCGGCAGUGCCCAAACUGACGAUGGCCAAGUGUCGACGUAAUGUAGAGAACUUCCUAGAGGCCUGCCGCAGAAUUGGAGUUCCUCAGAACCAGCUGUGUCUCCCCCUGCACAUCCUGGAAGAGCGAGGUUUGCCUCAGGUGGCCGGGACAGUUCGUGCACUCCUGGAUCUGGCUCCUCCGAAACACAUGCCGUCCCCGAGCACGACCCCGACCGGCCCCAGCGCCGCCUCCCCCCUCGCUCUGUAGCAAUCUCCUCCCAGCAGGCCCAAAGAUCUUUAAGACUCCUUUCUGUUCUUGAGUGCCUCAUGAACGGUUCUGUAACGGUAACACACUCACACACUACCUGCUCAAUGAACACACACACUCUUCAAACCCCAACCAGCCCUCAGACAACAGAGGAGAGCAGAGAAGAGACGACUGACCAACAGACAAGUCCACAGACUUCUUUGAAGCUAUAUUUCUAUUUCGUUUUAACAGUUUUACACUUUAAUAUCUCUAUUGUGGGUGGUGUUUAUUUUUAUUUUGUAUUAUUAUUAUUAUUGUUAUUAUUAUUAUGAUGUGGGAAUGAGAGUUGGCCAAAUCUACCCAAGCUUGCAUAUCUGAGAGUUACAUUGGCUGGUGGUUUAAUCUCACAAAACCUGCCGGUCACAUUUCACCCUGAAAUAAAAACAAGAUAUUAUACUUGCAGAAAUUCAAACACAUUUUUUAGGA